GAAGAGGAACUAUUGUACGACAAGGUCACCGGCUCUAGGGGACUGUUUUUGAAGACGUACCGGAAAAAGCGUGGUGUGUUACAGAAGAGUUGCCUGUCCACCAACUUCAAGCGUGCAAAACCGAUAGUAAUCAGACGUCCGUCCCAUCACAGAACAGAAGAUGUUGCGGCGUGCCACAACACAGAUUGUCCAACAGUUUGUCCGACACAGGGCGACAGAUGCUUCCCUCAUACUGGAACGAUCGAUCAACAAGGUGCAGCUGCUGGGUCGCGUGGGGCAGGACCCCGUCAUGAGGCAGGUGGAUGGACGGAACCCCGUCACCAUCUUCUCCAUGGCAACCAAUGAGAUGUGGCGCUCCGGAGAGGGAGGCAACCCAGACACAGGAGACGUGAGCCAGAAGACGACGUGGCACAGGAUCUCCGUCUUCAAACCGGGCCUCAGGGAUGUGGCCUACCAGUACGUCAAGAAGGGGUCGCGGCUGCUGGUGGAGGGGAAGUUGGACUACGGAGAGUACGUGGACAAGAACAACGUCAGACGCCAGGCAACCACCAUCAUCGUAGAUAACAUCGUCUUUCUGAGUGACAAUAUCCGGGACAAGAUGUGAAGUUCCCUGGCAAGUACGAAGGAGGAAGGACACCAAAACAGCUUUUUAUUCGUCAUGUUUGUUUGUUUUUCUUAUUGUAGACUUCGUUUUGGUGCCUGAAGUUCUUGAAGCUGAAACAGCUUUGAGAUGGUGACUGUGGACAUGACCCUCUUUAACCGCCAGAGGGCGCCAAUAUACUGGACUGCAGCCUGCAAACACACUGUUGACCAAUAGGUGGCGCCAAAACACUGCAUACACCGGCCUCUAUAAACCAACACCACCAGACUAGACAGCCAGACAACGGGAUGUUUAAAACAGUCUCAUGGUGUCAACAUAAAGAGAACAUUUCCACCCACAAUUUAUUAUUUCAACCUCCUUCAGUAGUCAUAAAAACUAGACUGCAAACCCCAAACUACUAAACACCACACAGAUUUAAACAUACAGGAAAAUUUGUGUGACUUUUGACGAGUUAUGAUGUUACUGGCUACCAGUUCUCAAUGAGGAGCACGUGUUUUGGAUAGCAGUCUCCAUAGCCUACUCAUAUUCUACUUUCAUAACGUUAUUGAAAAGAUGAAUAUGAUUCAUACCCUGUUCAGAAACCAGCUGAAUAUGGUAAAGGCUAUACACUGGAAGUAAGUGUCCCCUCCGAUAAGACUUUUCAGUUUUCUUUCUCAAGUGACGGUUUCAGCACCUGCAGUCAGUUUUGCAUGGUUUUGGUUCUCGGUAAUGUAAAUAUAUUCUCUGGUCCCUGCGGAGGAGAAACAAAGACGAUGCGCAAGAGAAGCACUUCUAUUCAUGUGAUGUCCAGUUUAUAUGAACCAUGUUAAACAAAAUGCCCAUUCUGUAUAUCUAUUAUGUCAAAUAUACUCUUCUUUUCUCAAA